GUAGAAGCUUGUUGUAACGGACCUGCUAUACUCCAACGGAGUAUAUCCGUUACAACUCUCCCGAAUCCCAAGUGAAAUGGUGAUUAUAACUCCAAGCUACUCAAACAUCAGCCUAGACUUGCUGAAGGGUACAAAUGAACUGUUUUAUUAUGGCCCACUUAUAUACUCAGUCCCCCAGCAUGGGGUCUCAAGCAAGGACAAGACAAAACACAUAUAGCAAAUAUAGAUAAUACAUGUAAGGAACGCUUGGUAUUUUUGUAUACCCGUUCGUUCGUAUGCUUCCGAAAUGCUAGGGACUUGGUGAUUAAAACCUGUUUGUGUGGAGCGCUGAUUCGUCCGUUCCUGAAGUCCAAGUUGUGCAUAAAACUAAAUCCAGUGGUUCGUCGGUCACAUACCCAAACAUCAGUAGAGACUCGAUGAAUGGUACAACAGGAAUGUUUUAUUAUGGCCAGACGGCUCACUUUUAUACACAGACCCCCAGGAGGGGGUUUCAAGCAAAAACAUAGUAAAACACUCCCUCAACUGUGUCUGGGACAUAUAAAAUACCCCAAACACAUAUAGGAACCCUACAAAUAUAAUAUCCCCGGAUAGCCUGGAUCUGAGCCCUCAAGUUGUCCAAAUAGCACUCCGAUCCCUCGAACAGAGCCAAAUCACCACUGGGGUAAAGAUUUGACUGACUGCACAUGUGGUGUCUGCCCGAAUCAGUUCCAGAAAAUCAGUGGUAGCGGUUUGUCAUUUUCAAGCGUUUCAAAAAAAGACUGAUUCCCCUGGCUCAUAGGUAGUGAUUGUUCGUCUUGUUAGUGCUAACAAUCCUACCGCACAGCGCUCUCCCAGCUUGUCGUGGGAAAAAGCAGGCAUACAAAUGAUAUCACUGGUGUUCGCGGGGUCGAGUGUCUGACUUAUAGUUCCAGACACUCGACGAUCAGGCACAGCUGCCUGCGUUCGUGCAACAAGAUGACCACUGUUUUUUUUUUUUGUUUUUUUUUUAGCACACGUGUUGUUCUGUUAUACAAACGGCCACCACACAGAGCACUUGUUUGUGGUUUCUUUGCUGUUUAAUGAGUUAGGGGGUGUUCAGUAGAUUAGUUACCGAACUGGGGAAACUUGAAUGGGGAUUCAGGAACAUAUUAACAUACUUAGCGGGAAAAUGUCUUAAACACAUGAAAAAUAGUGAGUUUUUUUGUUACAUAGAGUAGACAUUCUCACAAUUAAAGAGCAGAACCCUUUCUGUCUGUAACAGGUGGAUGGGGGUUCUCCCCUAUACCUGUCAUUUCAAGGGACACUAUAGUCACCUGAACAACUUUAGCUUAAUGAAGCAGUUUUGGUGUAUAGAACAUGCCCCUGUAGCCUCACUGCUCAAUCCUCUGCCAUUUAGGAGUUAAAUCCCUUUGUUUAUGAACCCUAGUCACACCUCCCUGCAUGUGACUUGCACAGCCUUCCAUAAACACUUCCUGUAAAGAGAGCCCCAUUUAGGCUUUCUUUAUUGCAAGUUCUGUUUAAUUAAGAUUUUCUUAUCCCCUGCUAUGUUAAUAGCUUGCUAGACCUGCAAGAGCCUCCUGUAUGUGAUUAAAGUUCAAUUUAGAGAUUGAGAUACAAUUAUUUAAGGUAAAUGAAACCAGUUUUUUUUUCAUGCAGGCUCUGUCAAUCAUAGCCAGGGGAGGUGUGGCUAGGGCUGCAUAAACAGAAACAAAGUGAUUUAACUCCUAAAUGACAGUGAAUUGAGCAGUGAAAUUGCAGGGGAAUGAUCUAUACACUAAAACUGCUUUAUUUAGCUAAAGUAAUUUAGGUGACUAUAAUGUUCCUUUCAGUAUGGGGGACAGACAGGUUACAACACCAACCAGCACGUUCCAGGUAGGAGACACAAAGUGAAAGAAAAGCUGUCCACAGUGAAAACAAAAAGCCAUCUUACACAAUGAGCUCACUGUAAAAUCACAAGAGACAACACACAAAUCCCUUCACUAACAUAGGAAACCUCGCUAGUGUAGACAAAGAGGUGAGAACACUCCAUAAAUGUGGGAAAGGUGAGAUAAAUCCCUACUUGCUUUCAGAACAGUGACUGCAUCUAGCUGAUGGUGAGAUUGUCGAUACUGCACCCUCCGCUUCAUAGAGGAGAGACUGCACCCUCCGCUUCAUAGAGCAGAGCGAGGAGAGACUGCACCCUCCGCUUCAUAGAGCAGAACGAGGAGAGACUGCACCCUCCGCUUCAUAGAGCAGACAGAGGAGAGACUGCACCCUCCGCUUCAUAGAAAAGAGCGAGGAGAGACUGCACCCUCUGCUUCAUAGAGCAGACAGAGGAGAGACUGCACCCUCUGCUUCAUAGAGCAGACAGAGGAGAGACUGCACCCUCUGCUUCAUAGAGAAGAGCGAGGAGAGACUGCACCCUCUGCUUCAUAGAGCAGACAGAGGAGAGACUGCACCCUCUGCUUCAUAGAGCAGACAGAGGAGAGACUGCACCCUCUGCUUCAUAGAGCAGAGCGAGGAGAGACUGCACCCUCUGCUUCAUAGAGCAGACAGAGGAGAGACUGCACCCUCUGCUUCAUAGAGGAGACAGAGGAGAGCCUGAUAAACCCUGGCUCUGGGUGGGAUUAGCUCCUAUGGAGAGGGAAAUGUUCCCACAAUCUUGUGUCCUGGAGAGAUCAAACGUUCUUCUGCAGCACUGUAUGGGAGACAGAACCAGGAGCACACCAAUGGCACAGAAUAAAAGAAUAUAUUUAUUAGUAAAACAAUUAAAACUGCUUACUCAAGUUGUGGGCUUGUUACAUAGCUGAAAAGAGACUUGCGUCCAUCACGUUCAGCCUCUCACACAUGGGUUUUUGCUGUUGAUCCAAAAGAAGGCAAAAAACCCAGUUUGAAGCGCUUCCAAUUUUGCAACAAACUAGGAAAUAAUUCCUUCUUGACCCCAGAAUGGCAGUCAGAUUUAUCCUUGGAUCAAGCAGUUAUUACCCUAUUACCCUCGUGAUGUACAAGUUCCCACGAAAAACGCUCAAGUAAAAGUCAGUAGCUCCAGGAGAUGAGGUGGAUUUUUAAAUUAAAAACUUUGCACCCAACCGGGUUAAAUAGCGACUUCGAGUUUUGACACUUUUUAUGAUCUACCCCUUUAAGAAUUUAUAAAGACCUCUUUCAAUAGAUUGUCUAGACAGUAAUUUAUCUUAUGAUUUGCCUUUUUUAAGACUUUAUUGGCUUGGGAUCAAAAAUAUUUAACCAUGAUAUAUUUAUUAUUUUAGCAAUAGAUUUUACUAUAAGGUAUUCAAUCUAACUUAUUUUAUGGUCGGAACAGAUCAACAGUAUUUUUUAAAUAAACAGUAUUGAGUAGAUUAGUAUUAAUCAUUUGAACCCACAUUUAACAUUUUAAUUUAACUUGGGGGGUGUAAUAUUGAUGUAUAUUAAAAUCCCCAAUAUUGAAAGGCAUCAUUAAUCUAUACCAUUUUUUUGUGGGGGAUGGGGGGUUCCCAAUCACUAAACUUCGAUUUAGGCGAUAAUCCCCUUUUCCCCCCUGUAUAGAGUUCAAGUAAACUUUAGAGAAAAAUAUAUUCAUUCUCUUCACUAUUUAUCCUCUUAAAUAAUUAAUUCUUAGAUAAACUAUAUUUGGUAGAUAAUCCCUUUACCAUUUUAAAGCCAAUAAAAAUAUAUGAAGAAAUAAAUGUAAUCAUAUGGUUUGUAAUAUGUGAUGUGAUAAAAAUGGAUUUAUAUUUGGAAUUAUGUUAUUUUCUGUUCCCUAAUAUGAAUAUUAAUUGGACGAUUUGUAAGGAAGAGGAAUGGGAUUUACAUAAUCUGUGAACCCCACCAAUAAGAAACAAAUGAGGGCGGAACUAUGGAUACAAAUUGACAGCAAGCAGCAUGAACAGGAAGUCUGAGGAAGCCCAAGUCACGUGGGUGAAACGCGUUGCGUCACAAGGGGGCAGAGCCAGGAUCCGGAACACAGAAGUAACUGGAGCUAUUGACUUUUACUUAAGCAUUUUUUGUGGGAACUUGUACAUCACAAGCCCACAACUUGCGGAGUGGGCAGUUUUACUAAUAAAUAUAUUCUUUUGUUCUGUCUCCCAUACAGUGCUGCAAAAUAACGUUUGGUCUCUCUGGGACACAAGAUUGUGGGAACAUUUCCCUCUCCAUGGGAGCUAAUCCCACCCAGAGCCAGGGUUUAUCAGGCUCUGGGAAAUGUGAGUGUGAACUCCCAACCUUUAUAUAA